AUGGAUAAGACUGAUGAGUCACCAAAAGAAAACGAUCCUUGUCCUUCCAAAGACAUAACAGAUGAUGAAAAGAAAGCCCAUAUACUUGCAGUGUUGGACAAGUUCCUUGAUAUAUACAUAUUUCAAACUACAGCACACAGUGACGACGAGGACAUGUUGGCUGAUGAUGGUGACGACAUAUCAGAUGGCAUAUUCAACUAUUCCAUAAAUCUAUUGAAGCCAUUUAUGGUGCUGCUAGAUUGCAAGGAUUCUGUGGCAUCGGGGAAUGGCGAGCAUUUGGCAUUAGUUCAGAAACAGAUGUUGUUAUAUUUUUCAUCUGUUUCUGGAUAUAAUUCAUAUGCAAUUGAAAUGCUAAUUAGCACCAUUCAGAAUGCAGUGCUGUUAUCCCCUGCUGAAGCACACCAGUGUAAAUGGGCUGCACUGGCAAAUUGGAAAGGGGGCAGAAACAAAAACAUAGAAAUCGAUCUUCUGCAAGAAAACAGAAAUAAAGAUAUUAAAGGACUUAUCCAAUUAAUGGGAUCAAACAAGACUGAGCAAGCAAUUGAAAGAGCUAGCAGAGCAGCAGGAGGUGUGCGCAAGAUUGUGGAUGUGUUUGAAGACCAGGCAUCAAUUAAAACCAAGUCGUCUGCCCACUCGCACAAGUCAUCUACUGAAGACGAAAACAAGAUUCUCGCUGAUUUGCGAAAGGUGAAGCCCUUUUCACAAACACCUGGAAGAUCCCACAAAUCAUUUGUGGGAAUUUCAUCUGACCCACUCGAGAAUUUGGAUGAGGAAAAGUUCUGCGAAUGGCUGCAAAGACAUCAGAAAAAUAUUGCAGUACAUUUUCCUACACAAUCACUGAAUGAUUCAGGUAGUGAUGAUGAAGUGAAUGAUUAUUAA